UAGUCUAUGGUGUGUGUCCAUUGUUUUUCUACAAUGUUAUUUUUCUGACUGCUGCUGGUGGACGAAAAUUUUGGUCUCGCUGCGUCGUGUGUGACUUUGUGAUAGUGUUCGUGCCCGAUAUUGUGAUUUAUUCGAAAUAGAUCACGAAGAUGUCGUCGCCGAGCGCUGGGAAACGCCGUAUGGACACAGAUGUCAUUAAACUCAUUGAAAGUAAGCACGAGGUGACCAUUCUGGGCGGGCUCAACGAGUUCUGUGUCAAAUUCUUCGGGCCCCCGGGCACCCCGUACGAGGGGGGCGUGUGGCGAGUGAGGGUGCACCUACCCGACCACUACCCCUUCAAGUCGCCGUCCAUCGGGUUCAUGAACAAAGUCUACCACCCCAACAUCGAUGAGGUGUCCGGGACUGUCUGUCUGGACGUCAUCAACCAGGCCUGGACCGCGCUUUAUGACCUGUCGAACAUAUUCGAGUCGUUCCUGCCGCAGCUGCUGACGUACCCCAACCCGAUCGACCCGCUCAAUGGCGACGCGGCCGCUAUGUACCUGCACAAGCCUGAGGAGUACAAGAAGAAGGUUUCAGACUACGUCCGGAGAUUCGCGACCGAAGAAGCGCUGCUAGAAAAGGACGCGAUAACAGGCAUGGGGGGCGCAGCGCCCACGUCCUCCUCGAAAGCCUCCAACGGCACCGCCAACAACAACGCCUCAGAUACAGAGAGCUCUAUGAGCGACUUCAGCGACGACGAAGCGCAAGACAUGGAGUUAUAACGUAAGUUAGAACGCACAGUUGCUUGCUCACUCAACACUGCCGUUGUAUAGUGCCGAUGGCUAGGACCGUUUGACUGAUAAAUUUCAAGUAAUUCGAUUUUUGUAACGCUUUUUCGAUUGUGAGAUAUUUCGCGGUUGGUUACAGUUUGACAUAUUCGGUAGCACGCUGCGAAACUGAGAUUGGCCUAGGAUGCGCGCCGUGAUAAACUUUUAUCGAUUUUACACGAUAAGCCCAUACAUUUGUCGCCUAAAAUCAUCGAUAUGAUUUUAUCACGGCGCGCAUCAUGCCCGGUAGAUGUGUGUUGAAAGUUUCAAUGUGCACCACGAUCAAAUUUUAUCGAGACAUUUUACCGAUUUUAAACAAUAAGCUCAUACAUUUUGUCGUCUAAAAUCGAUAUAAUGCCACGAUAACAUUUUAUCGUGACUAGCAUCUUAGCCCGCCUGGUAUCGCGACGGACUGUGCUACCCGUGGUGCUACCGUUGACGCUAGAUGUUCAUUGCAAAUCUACCAUCCAUUGCAAUUAUUGCAAAUCACUGACGAUUAUCUUUAUAAGCCACCUAGCUAAACACUGGCAUCUUAUACAC